GGAGGUCUGUCCUUUUUAAAACCAGGUCUCUUGCCAAGGCUGCCGCGACUCUGGCUGCACAAUCUGUAGAAGUGUCACCUUAGCUAUGUCACAACCUCCCGGUAGGAUGCAUUCGAAAAGAGCAGGAAUACGAGCAGCUGUUGUACUCAUAGGUUUGUUACACAAGUCCCGAAAGCAAAAUAAAGAAAAAAGGAAACAGGAGGUGCUGAGCAACACGGAUGUGGCAGCCCCAGAGAGACCUUUAUCUCCACCUUUCACUGCUCCACCAAGCAUGAAGUCUGCAGAGUUCUUUGAAAUGUUAGAAAAAAUGCAGGCGCCUAAAUCAGAGGAACAAAGAAGCGGAAACCAGAAAAAUAAGGAGGACUAUAUUCCUUAUCCCAGCAUCGAUGAGAUAGUGGAGAAAGGCAGCCCCUAUUCCUUAAUCAUCUUACCCCAGUUUGGGGGCUACUGGAUUGAAGACCCUGAGAACCUCAGCACACCCACCUCAUCGGAUAGUAGCAUCUGCGAAGAAGACGAGGAGCAGCUGAGCCCCAGUACUUACAGCUACAAGCUAGAGUGCAAAGGUGAAGCCAGGGCAUACCGGAAGCACUUCUUGGCAAAGGAUCAUUUAAAUUUUUACUGCACAGCCAGCAGCCUGGGAAAUUUGAUCCUUUCCAUUAAAUGCGAAGAGGCAGAUGGGAUCGAAUACCUACGGAUUAUACUCAGGUCGAAAGCAAAAACGUUGCAUGAAAGAAUCCCUUUGGCUGGACUUAGCAAGCUACCGAGUAUCCCACAGAUUGCAAAGGCUUUCUGCGAUGAUGCGACCGGACUGAAGUUUAACCCUGUUCUCUACCCCAAGGCAUCACAGAUGAUAGUAUCCUAUGAUGAGCAUGAGGUCAAUAACACAUUCAAGUUUGGUGUGAUUUACCAGAAAUUUAAGCAGACCCAAGAAGAAGAGUUGUUUGGGAACAAUGAAGAGAGUCCCGCAUUCAAGAAUUUCUUGAGUUUGUUGGGAGAUACCAUCACACUUCAGGAUUUCAAGGGCUUUCGAGGCGGUCUGGAUGUCACUCAUGGCCAGACAGGCACAGAGUCUGUGUACACGGUGUUCAGGGACAGAGAGAUUAUGUUUCAUGUCUCCACCAAACUUCCCUUCACCGAGGGGGAUGCACAGCAGCUUCAGAGGAAGAGACAUAUCGGCAACGACAUUGUGGCAAUUAUAUUUCAAGAAGAAAACACUCCCUUUGUCCCGGACAUGAUUGCCUCGAAUUUUCUACAUGCCUACAUUGUUGUCCAGGCCGAAAACCCUGAAAUGGACAAUACAUCCUACAAAGUAGCGGUCACUGCGCGAGAAGACGUCCCUUCGUUUGGGCCUUCGUUGCCAAGCCCCCCUGUAUUUCAGAAAAACUCAGAAUUCCGGGAGUUUCUUCUCACCAAACUGAUCAAUGCCGAAAAUGCCUGCUGCAAGUCAGACAAAUUUGCAAAGCUUGAGGACCGGACGCGAGCUGCCCUGUUGGAUAACCUCCAUGACGAACUCCACGUCCACACACAGCUGAUGCUUGGCCUGGGAUCUGAGGAAGACAAGUUGGAGAAUGGAGGCCAUGGAGGAUUCUUGGAAUCAUUUAAGAGAGCCAUCCGAGUCCGUAGUCAUUCCAUGGAAACCAUGGUUGGAAGCCAGAAGAAACACCAGAGUGGAGGAAUCCCUGGAAGCCUGAGUGGGGGGAUUGCACACAACAGUGUCGAAAUAACCAAGACCACCUUCUCUCCUCCAAUCGCAGCAGCAACAGCCAAGAAUCAAUCCAGGAGUCCCAUCAAGAGGCGGUCAGGGUUGUUCCCCCGUUUGCACACUGGAUCAGAAAGCCAGGCAGAACCCCGGACUCGAUGUGACAGUGCCUCGGGAACACCAAAGACUCCCGAAGGAGGCCAUCCUUCCCAAGAAGUGAAGUCGGAAGCCUCUUCGAACCCAAGCUCUCCAGAGAUCUGCCCCAACAAAGAGAGGCCGUUUAUCAAACUCAAAGAGAAUGGAAGGUCAAAUAUCUCCCGUUCGUCCUCCAGUACCAGCAGCUUCAGCAGCACAGCAGGGGAGAAUGAAAAUAUGGAAGAAUACGAAAGCCUGGGCAGCCUGCCCUCCACGGCAUCACCUUUCAAGCAAGACGUCUUCAUCUACAGCCCUUCCCAAAGCAGCGAGAGCCCAGUGUUAGCAUCGGCUUCAACCCCAGUGAUCAUGAGUAGGAGCCCUACAGAUAUCAAGAGCAGGAAUUCUCCGAGGUCAAAUCUAAAAUUUCGCUUUGAUAAACUUAGCCAUUCAAGUUCCGGUCCAACACACUAGCUGAAGGGCAAGUCUAUGGGCCUGGAAAAAGGGCAUUUCUGUUCCGUUUUUUCCUUUCUUUUCUUUUCUUUUGUAAGGGGGAAAAAUGCUCUGUGCGAAUGACAGCAUCUAUCUACGGCACAAAGCCCCACGGCCACGUAUGAAUUGAAGCAGAUGUUCACUGAAGCAGAUGUUUCCAUGAGACCGCAAAGAAACUGUUAUCUUCUCCUCAAAGAGAGAAGAGGCCUCUGGUGAGGAGUCAAACAGGUUGUGGGGCUCUCAUACUCCUGCCCCAUCUCUGUGGAUUCAAAGGACGUUGCGUGGAGGAGAUGAGUUUUCCACCACAUAUACUUGAAUCAGCUUCUCUCCUCUUUCAUUUGGUAUUUCAACACUUGCUAAACUUCUGUGCUCUGUGUACUUAAUUGUCGCUGUUUGACUUAAACUCACGAGCUGCUCUUUUUGUCUACUUUUUGAGAAAGUCGUUUUGGUAAAUAAUAAUUAUAAUAUUAAUAAUAAUCCUUAGUUGUAUUGUGGGCUAGUUUCUUACCUAUCUGGGUCUUGAUAGCCUAGUUUCAAGUGCCCUUUCCCCCUUUAUGCUAACGUAACCUUCAGUCAGACUUGACUAUUGCAAUGUUCUUGCUGUGGAUUUUUUUUUCACUUGAAGACAACUUCAGCUAGUGCAGAAUGUGACAUCCUACCUAAAGUCAUAACGUAAGCCCUGCUGGAUCAGACCAAAGGUCUACCUUGGCAGAAUCCUGUUCCUCAUCAUGGGCAUCUAGAUACCUCUAGGAGAGAGGUG